AUGGGACCGCCGCCAUGGUGGACUCCCCAGCGCAUCGACCAGACGGUCACGCGAGACUUCGUCACGAGGCACCUCGUUCCCGAGGAGAUCCAGCGCCUCGACCGACCCGUGGCCUUCACCUCGGACGCCCUGACGGAGCGCACGUACUGGGAGAGCAUCCGGCACGGGGCCAAGCGCUUCUUCCUGAUCCUGGUCGACAUCGGCAUGCCGGACCAGAUCUUUGGCAUCGUCGACGACGGCUGGGACGACUCCGAGCUCCCGCUCUCCCCCGAAGACGUGGAGCGGCUGCAGCUCACGGCCGCCAGGGACGACCGCGUCGACCGCAGGUUCCACGCCCGCCAGUACCAGUACCUCGUCGCCCCGCUGGAGAGGGGCGAGCACCGCGCCUACGCCGACCUUGACGUCGUGCCCGUCGACGUCGUCGACCGCGCGCCGCCGCUGCCGCUGCCGUCCAGCAGGGCGAACCACGUCGACAAGGUCAGGCUGCCCAACGCGCCGCCGGGGACGACGCUGACCCGGCGCCGAUACGUCCUGAGCGGCGUUGCCGGAGGAGGAGGUGGUGGUGGUGGCGGUGGCGGCGGCGGAGGAAGCUCUUCCUCUGGAGGAGGAGGAGGAGGAGGAGGAGGAGCCUCUGGCGGUGGCGGCAGCGGCAGUGGCGGCGGUGGCAUCCCGCACGGAGAGUUCCUCGACGUGGUCAACGCCAUCCGCACGGUCCAGAGCGUCCACAUGGUCUCGUACUGGGCGUCGUACACCCACCAGGGCUACGGCUACAUACUCCUGUCACCCGUAAGCGACCACACGCUCAAGUCGUUCCUGGCCACGGCCCCGUCCUCCUUCAGGUCGCUGCCCAAGAGGGCCCGCCGGGAGCUCGUCGUCGACUGGAUCCUCUGCCUCGUCGACACCAUGGCCUCCCUGCACCGCCAGGGCCGCGCGCACUCGUACAUCAAGCCGUCGGCCGUCCUCUUCACCGCCCAGAACACCAUCUUCCUCGUCGACCCCACGCGCCUCAGCCCCGACGCCGCCUCCGCACGCGCCGACAAGUCGUCGUUCGACAGGGAGUGGUACGACUACGCCGCCCCCGAGCAGUGGUUCCGCCCUUCCGGCCCGGGGAGCCCGCCGACGAGGAGGGCCGUGCUGGCGUCGCUGUCCGUCUCGCCGGACGGCAACGACUUCUCCUCCUUCGGCAACGGCGACGGCACCGGCGGUUCCCUCCCGGUCCCCGACCCGACCCAGCAGGCCGACAUCUUCUCCCUGGGCUGCAUCAUCCUCGAGCUGCUCUCCUUCCUGCUGAAGCGGUCGACCAGCAAGUUCGCCAGCUUCCGCUCGGCUAAGCUGAAGAAGGGAGGUCGCGGCGGCGCCGUCCUCGACACCUCGUUCCACAAUAACCUGGGCCAGGUGGAGGAGUGGAUGUCCGGUCUGGCCAAGGACGCUGCCAGGAAGGCGUCGGGCUCGGGCUCGUCAUCCAGGACCGGACCUGGCAACGCCGCCGCCGCCGCCGCCGCCGCCGACGACGACGACGGAGCCCACGUGUUCCACGGCUUCACGCCCAUGCUCCACGUCGUCGCCGACAUGCUCGCCUCCAACCCGUUCGAGAGGCCGGCCGCCGCCGAGGUCCGAGAGCGGAUGUACCGCAUCCUCCGCGACAGAUGCGGCAUCCAGGACCUUCACUGCGGCGCCUGCCCAUCCUACGCCGCCACCACACCGUCAUCACCGUCCGAAUCGUCGACGGACGCGGCUGCUCUCACGCACGGGUUCGCCCAGAUGCGCCUGUCGCAUUACCAGCAGCAGCAGCAUCAGCAGCAUCAGCAGCAGCAGCACAACCCGCUCCUCUACCAGACCACCUCGUACGACUCGACCGUCGCGUCGUCGGAUAGCAGCCCCCCCGGACUGCUGCACCGUCGGACGACCAGCAGCAGCGGGUACUCUCACGUCAGCCGGCACAGCGGGAGGAGCAGCACCAUGACGGGAAGCAGCAGCGAGCGCGACGGGGAGGUCGGCGGGCCGUACGCGACCCCCUCACGAGGGGUCGGUGGGGUCACCGCCUCGGCGCCUCAGCCAAUACGGUCUCACGGGCCUGGAUGGUCGAGGGACCAACAUCACCAGCCUCAUACGGGACAGUCGCAGCCCAACGGACAGCCGUCGUUGUAUGCUGGAGCACGGUGA